UUCCUUUUCAACUACAGGUAAACAAAAAUGGAGUCGGCAGAGUCACCACACGCGCAAGAAGAUGAACAAUUUGUUCAACCAAAGACUAAAUCAAGAAAAAGAAAAGAACCAGAUAUGGAUACAAAUGAUAUUUCAAACCCUUCUGCCAAAAGACCACAUUUUAAACCUUUGAAAGCUGUUACUUCGACUUCUUCAAAAGGUGAAAUUAGAAGAAUACCUGUACCUUCACAUCGCUACACACCAUUACAGAAAGAUUGGCUUAAAAUUUUCACACCAAUAGUGGAGAACUUGAAGCUUAAUGUCAGAUUUGUUGCAAAAAAACGACAAGUUGAGAUAAAGGCAGGAAAAGAAACUGAAGAUAUUGGAGCUUUACAAAGAGCUGAAGAUUUUGUUAAAGCUUUUAUUUUGGGAUUUGAAGUUGAUGAUGCAUUGGCCUUACUGAGACUGGAUCAUUUGUAUUUAGAAAGUUUUGAUGUGACUGAUGUCAAACCACUCAAGGGAGAUCACCUUUCUAGAGCAAUAGGCAGGCUGGCAGGGAAAAAUGGAAAAACAAAGUUUACAAUAGAAAAUGUCACAACUACCAGAAUCGUCUUGGCAGACAGUAAAGUCCACAUCCUGGGAUCUUAUCAAAAUAUUCAGAUAGCCAGGAGGGCAAUUUGUAAUUUAAUUCUUGGCAGUGCACCAAGCAAAGUCUAUGGACAAAUGAGGACUGUGGCUUCAAGAGCAGCCAGUAGAUUCUAAAGCUUUUAUUGUAGGAAGGGAUUAGUCUGAAAUAUAUAUAUGCUAUAUCAAAUCC